AUGAAUAGAACAUUAUUGGAGGAAGUUUCGUGCGAAACGUACCAAAAACUCGAUCUACCGAACAGAAUUGAUGAGAUUGAGUCAAGCACUCAAGGAAAAGCGACCCACCACUACCCCAGACACGACAAAGUUAUUCGUCCACAUGUUGCGUCGCCGGUCAAAACCCAUUUAGAAAUACACGAAUGGGAAGUUUUACCCCACCCGCCGUAUUCACCAGAUAUUGCUCCUUCUGAUUUCCUCUUGUUUCGAUUGGUGACGCAUGGCCUGUCUCAGCAGCACUUCCAUUCUUAUGAAGAAGCUAAAAAUUGGGUUAAUUCGUGGAUAGCUUCAAAAGAUGAAGCAUUCUUCCGACGCGGUAUCCAUAUGUUGCAUGAAAGAUGGGAAGAAGUAGUGCCAAGCGAUGGACAAUACCUCGAAUAA